AUGGAGAUCCGGCCGGACAGGUUUAAGGCCGUGGCAGCCAAGACUCUCGGGAAAAUAUACGGAGCUCUUGAGAAGAAACAGGAAAAUGGCGAGACCAUCGAGUUGUCGGCGGAGGGCCGGCCGGAGCUGGUGGAGGAAAAGGAGUUGCCCGUGGUGGACUGCACAUGCUUCGGCCUGCCCAGGCGCUACAUCAUCGCCAUCCUCUCCGGUAUUGGCUUCUGCAUCUCCUUUGGAAUCCGAUGUAACUUGGGCGUGGCCAUCGUCAGCAUGGUCAACAGCCACACCAUCUUCAGAGACAACAAGGAGGUCAUAGUGAAAGCUCAAUUUGACUGGGAUCCAGAAACAGUGGGGAUGAUCCACGGCUCAUUCUUCUGGGGAUACAUAGUAACCCAAAUUCCAGGAGGGUUCAUUUGUCAAAAGUUUGCAGCAAACAGAGUGUUUGGCUUUGCUAUAGUGGCCACAUCCUGCCUGAACAUGCUCAUCCCCACGGCAGCUCGGAUGCACUUUGGCUGUGUUAUCAUUGUCAGGAUCUUUCAAGGACUUGUGGAGGGAGUUUCAUACCCUGCCUGUCAUGGUAUUUGGGCAAAAUGGGCACCACCUCUUGAAAGAAGUCGCCUGGCCACAACAGCCUUUUGUGGUUCUUAUGCUGGUGCUGUGAUAGCCAUGCCGUUAGCUGGAAUCCUAGUCCAGUACUCUGGAUGGUCAUCGGUCUUCUAUGUCUACGGAAGCUUUGGGGUCAUGUGGUACUGCUUCUGGAUCCUGGUGUCUUAUGAAAGUCCAGCAGCCCAUCCCACCAUCACUGAGGAGGAGAGGAAAUAUAUUGAGGAAAGCAUAGGGGAGUCAGCCCAAUUCACAGUGACGGUCAGUAAAUUCAACACACCAUGGAGGGCCUUCUUCACGUCCAUGCCAGUGUACGCCAUCAUCGUGGCUAAUUUCUGCAGAAGCUGGACUUUCUACUUGCUUCUCAUCAGCCAGCCGGCGUACUUUGAGGAGGUGUUUGGGUUUGAGAUUAGCAAGGUGGGAAUAGUUUCUGCACUUCCCCAUCUGGUUAUGACCAUCAUCGUGCCCAUCGGUGGCCAGAUUGCCGAUUAUCUGCGCUCCAACCACAUCAUGACCACCACUAAUGUCAGGAAACUUAUGAACUGUGGCGGGUUUGGGAUGGAGGCAACUCUGCUGCUGGUGGUAGGCUUCUCUCACACAAAAGGUGUUGCCAUUACAUUCCUGGUCCUGGCUGUGGGUUUCUCAGGCUUUGCCAUUUCAGGUUUCAAUGUCAAUCACCUGGACAUUGCACCCCGAUAUGCUAGUAUCCUAAUGGGUAUCUCCAACGGUGUGGGCACUUUGUCUGGUAUGGUUUGUCCACUUAUAGUUGGUGCCAUGACGAAGCACAAGACGAGAGAAGAGUGGCAGGGUGUGUUUCUUAUUGCCUCGCUUGUUCAUUACGGAGGUGUUAUAUUCUAUGGACUUUUUGCAUCUGGAGAGAAGCAAGCUUGGGCCGAGCCAGAGCAGCUGAGCGAUGAGAAAUGUGGCAUCCUGGAUGAGGAUGAGCUCGCAAACGAGACAGAGGAGCUGUAUCGUACAAGUGGCGGGGCGGGCUAUGGAGCUAUGAACCAGGGAGCAGACCCCAACGGAGGCGGAGGUGUGGGAGGAGGAGGCUGGGUCUCAGACUGGGACAAAACUGAGGAGUAUGUACAACCAGCCGGAACCAAUAAUUACCUUUAUGGAGGAGAGGGGGACCGAGAGUUCACAUAA